ACUGUUGGCGAGCGACAUCCGCGAUAUGGAUAUAUCCACUGCAGAGCGUCUUCCUGAUUUGGCGAGCGGAGACCAAGUAGACCGCGAGCUUGGAUGGCUUCUCUGGCAUGAACAUGAAGUAGGCCCCCCGAAUGAACAUCCUACAUACAUGUAUCACAUUCUCACACUAAAACAGUUCGCCUACUUGAAGAACUUGAAGAUGCACCACCAGGACGGAGCGUCGGGGGAGGUCGCAGUGGUUGGAGAUGGAAUGACCCGGAGCCCACCACCCGGAUUUUCCCGACAUUGGAACGCGGAGAAUGUAGUAGCUCCCUCCUUUGGAGGGACUCAAACUGCAUCUUCAACUUCGUCAUCUUCAUCCUCGGGACCAAAAAUGACCAACACGCUGGAGGAGACGCGCCUGAUCUUAAGGCCGAAGAAGACGAAAGGCAGCGUGGCGGCAGGACGCGAAGACACGGCAUAUUUUUCGGGGUAUUAUUUUUCUUCUUCAUUUGAUUUUAAGAAGGAACAACACCUCACAUGGAACUUCGUCAAACAAGAUUUUACAACUGCAGCUGACAUCGUGCUUGGCGAAAAUACCAAUAGUAACAUGAAAGAGCAACGACCAAAAGAUCAGCAACUGCAACAACAGCCAGCGCUAGUGCAACUUCAGCCG